AUGUCUCGAAGUCAGAUGGUGAUUCCCGGAGAGGGUAUCGGUGAACUUCUCGCAACUUUGUGGGAGCUAAUCGACAAAUAUUCCUCGGAAUAUUUGGAUGAACAUAUUUCACCAGCAAAUCUUCAGAGGCUAAACGGUUUCGCGGUGAAGGCGUUCUACUCGCUUGAUUUAUUAUUGCAAAAAAGUGAAGCAAGCUUCCGCCCCUCGAUCACCGUUCCAUUUAUUCGUUGGCGAAAUUCCGAGGGGCUCAGCAAGAUCAUCGACGGCUUUGAGAAAGUUCCAACGGAGGAGGUUGAUGGAACUGCAGAA